GGAGCGGCCUCCAACAGGAGAAGACUGGGGACUCUGGUGCCGACGACUCACCGUCACCGUCGCGGAGCUGGCCGAGUCUGGAGCGGGUGGAGCGGUGGUGGAGCGCUGCUGCUGCUGCGGCCCGACCUCCGGAGAUUCGGAGGCUGCAACUGCGGGUCUGGCAGACGGCGGCACCGGGAGCCCGCGGGUCCCUGGAGGGAGACCGCUUUUCAGGGCUCUCGCAACGGCGACUUCUCCCGCCCGAGUUGCGGGGUUGAAGAGCUCCUGGAGCGGGGCCUACAGCACCGCCCCGCGCGGCUUGGAAUGGCCGCGGGACUCUGCGAGCGCACGCCGGGGGCUCUAACACCAAGACCCGGUGUGCGACCUUGCACCACCCGGCGUGGCUUUAAUGGCCGCAGGACAAUCGCCAUCGCCAGCCGGGGGCUUUGACUUUGACUCUGACAUCGGGGGGGGGGGGGGGAAAGAGUGCAGUGGAGAGACAAGUUUUUUGGCCUUCUAUCACAGCGAUGUGAUGGAUGUUUAUGUAAAUUAUGUUGUGUCUUGGGUCUAUUUGUUUGUAAUGUAUGGCUGCAGAAACGGCAUUUCGUUUGGACCUCAAGGGGUCCAAAUGACAAUUAAAUUGAAUCUUGAAUCUUGAAUCUUGAGAGUCUAGGACUAGAGGUCAUACUCAGAGUUAACGGACAUUCUUUUUCGUUUGUCUCUUCAUUGAAGACAAUGACAAUAAAUUAAAUCAAAUCAAAUUAGGAAGGAGAUGAGAAGAAAUUUCAUUUGACAGAGGGUGACGAAUCUGUGGAAUUCUUUGCCGCAGAAGGCUUUUGAGGCUGUGUCAAAUGAUAUUUUUAAGGCAGAGAUAGAUUCUUGAUCAGUACGUCUGUCAGGGGUUAUGGGGAGAAGGCAGGAGAAUGGGGUUAGGAGGGAGAGAUAGAUCAGCCACGAUUGAAUGGCGGAUAGACUUGAAGGGCCGAAUGGCAUAAUUCUGCUCCUAUCUGCAUGACCUUAUGAGCCUGUGAUGGACUGGGUUGUGUUCACCACUCUCUGCAGGUUCAGACAGUGAAGAGGAGAGCAGUUGCCACACCAGGCUGAGAUGCUUCUUGCCAAAAUGCUCUCCACAUCACAGUAUAUUUCCUAUUUCCUUCGCUCCAUAGAUGCUGCUGCACCCGCUGAGGUUUUUUUCCAGCUUUAAUGUGUACCUUCGAUUUUCCAGCAUCUGCAGUUCCUCCUUAAACACAGUAUAUUUUGUAUUAUUCUGUGGUGUUUCGGUCACGUGCUCCAGGGCGCUGACGUCACUGCAUAGCAACGGCCGCCAUUACCGCCGCGUCUCUGACAGACCCACAGAGCAGUCACAGACAAAGAAGACAAUGGAUUUUGGUUCCUUUGCCCAGAACUUGGUUCCCAUCUCCGAUCUUCAUCCAAAUUCAUCACGCCCUAGUGUAGCUGGAAUCGUGAUUGGAAAAAUUGAUCCAAAAGGAUUUCCCGACCGAAAGAACAUUGGAACAGAAAGAUAUACUUUCACUUUCACAAUUCGAGAUGAUACAGUUUACUUCAUCAAUGUAGCUUCCUGGGGGAGAGAAGAAUAUGUGAGAAGUCUAUCUAACAGCUUCAGAAUUGGGGAUUGUGUUGUGAUUGAGAAUCCAUUAGUGCAGACCAAAGAUGCAGAGAAGGAAGAAAGAUUCAGCCCGUCUACUUCAAGUUGCUAUAAGCUUUUGGUCAGUGAGAACUUCUCAACGGUCAAGUUAUGCCAUGAUCCGGAGGUUGAAGCUAGGCUUCUCUCCUUGCUGCAUUUGCCAGUGAAAAACCACCAGGACUACUACUCACUUGGAGAUAUUGCCCACAAUGGGCAGAGCCUAAAUGGAUCCCUUAUCAAUAUUCUGGCAUCAGUCAAAUCGAUAGGGGAGCAGAAGCAUUUUACUACAGCUGACAAAAGAAAAGGUCAACGAUGUGAAGUAAAACUGUUCGAUGAAACUGUACCUUCAUUCUUAAUGAACUGCUGGGAUAAUGAAUCUAUACAGCUUGCACAGACAUGGGUACCCAGGGAAACAGUAUUGUUCAUAGCCGAUGCUCGAGUCAAUUACGAUAAUUAUCGCAACUGCAUGACUGCUGCAGUGGUUGCUAAAAGCAUUAUUACAACAAAUCCUGACACAAGAGAGGCCAAUCUGUUGUUUAAUUUUGCCAAAGAUCAUGCAGGAAAUGAUGAUGAAGAUCCUGAACAAAUUGAUGAGUUGAUAAACUUGCAUUCCAUUGUGGAUGUAUUCACUGUUCAGCAGUUCAAAAACAAAGCAAUAGACCACUGUGGCAAAUCUGAGUCUAUUUAUGGAAUCAUGUAUGCUUACAUUACAAUGUUUAACAUUGAUUCUGACAAUUCAAAGAUAAUAAAAUCCAGAUGUGGUAGGUGCAGAAUGUUGGUCGAUAUUGGUUCAGACGUAUGCACAAAUCCUUCUUGUUCAUUCGGCGCAAUGAGCUCUUCAAAUAUCAUUACCAAUUUUGAUUUCUGGGUGGAUGUGUCCGACCAUACAGGCACUCUUCCGUCUUGUAACUUAGUAGGAAACACAGCUGAAAAAACUCUUGGCUACACAAUUGAAGAGUUUUGCAGUUUAACAGAAGAACAGAAAACAUUGUUAAAAUGGAACUUUCUUUUGGAGAGAUGUAAAAUCUAUCUAAAGUUGGUUCCGUCAAGUAACGCAAGAAAUGGAAUAAGAACAAGUUUUCUAUCCUGCCAAAUAGCUGAUCCUGAAGAGGCUAGUCAGACUUUGUCCAGCAUAUCAAUUUCUUCCAGCAGCUGUUUAUUAUAGAGAUGAACCCCAGAUCAAAUACUUACUUCCAAGCAAAACUGGUAGACAAAAUCUUAACCAAAAAUUCAGCUGCCAGUUUAUAUUAAUAUUUAGGUGUAAAUGUUUACUGUUUUGAUUAUGAUGCAUUAUUAAAUUUCAAAAAAGUGUGCAGAAGUUUGUCAAAUCAGUUGACUGUUCAUGCAUGGCAAGAGAAUGACAUUGAGUUAGGGUAGAACAUUUUAUUUUAGAUACUGAAACUUAUGGUUAUAUUUUCUAAGUUUGCUCUUUUGCAAAAGGCCCUCGACACAUUGGCUCAGGGUUAAAUGUUUACAGUUAACCCAGAGAUCUCUUUGUUGGUCCUUCUUCAAUUAUCUAACUCAUCUGCACUUUUCUUGCUCAUAUAUCUUCUUAAUUGAAUAUAUAUUAUAAAAUACCGGUCGUAAUUUGUCAUUAUUAACACAAAAUUUCACACUUUUUCAGUAGAGCAGUUAGAAAUAAUCUUUUUUUUAAAGUUAUGUGAAAGAUGACAGUUAUUUUAAAACAUGUGUGAUAAUUAAACUCUUGUGACAUCACAAUAAUUGCUUGUCAUCUUAAAGAACUGCAUGGAAUUUGUCGGUUUAUAUUUAAGCAGUCAGUGAUGAUAUAAUAUAAAGUAGGUGGAAUUUUCCCAUGCUAAAUUUGCCUGUUUGUCAUCCCAUUUUAAUAGCAUCAUUUAUAUGGGUAUGAAUACUUUUUGAGACAUGUUUAAGUAAAGUUACUUGCUUCAAACGUUUG